AUGUUCAUCGAAUGUUUUGAAUGUGAUUUUUGUUUUCAGGCCUACCAUUCUACCCUGAUUCUAUCGAAAAACCGUGAUAGAUAUCCCGAGUUUUGCAUACCGUUAUGUGUCAUACCAUGUACCAUCAGCAACAAUGUUCCGGGUACUUCGAUUUCGCUAGGUUCUGAUACGGCUAUCAAUGAAAUCUGUACAAUGAUCGACAAAAUCAAGCAAUCCGCAACAGGAACUAAACGAAGGGUGUUCAUCAUUGAGACUAUGGGAGGUUAUUGCGGUUAUCUGGCCACACUUUCUGCCCUUGCCUCUGGAGCUGACAAUGCUUACAUCUUUGAGGAGAAGUUCACUGUUGAAGAUAUUAUUGAAGACGUUGAAGUCAUUGCCGCCAAAAUGGCUCAAGGAGUUCAGCGGUACCUCAUUGUAAGAAAUGAGUUUGCGAACAAGAACUUUACGACGGAGUUCGUCAAGCAGCUGUUCGCCGAGGAAGGUAAAGGAGAGGUAAGAUUGAGAAAUUUCAAGUCCAGUUAUUUAUUAUAG